UCCUUCCCUCCCCUGCUCCGCCUGCUGCUCCUCGCAUCGGCCAAAACUCGAAACCGGCGCCGCAACCCGCCGCAUCCGCGGCCGCCGACCGGAUCCCCCCGCCGCACGCUCCCCGACACGGCCGCGUCAACUCCACCUGCGCCCCCGCGACCUCGUCCCUGCGAGCGCACAUGAUCACGCGGUCAAACCCCAGAGGCAGAGACCCAGCCCGCCCGCUCCGCUAGGAAAUAACAGCUGCAGGCAGCAGCAACCCAAUGCUGUGCUCCUCCCACCACCCCUCUACCACCUCCUGCGCGCGCAAGUCAACUCCCACCCGCGGCCGCCGCGCCCCACGCCGGCCCCCAUGGCUCGCUCCGCGCCCGCUAGUCUCGUCGCCGUCUUCCUCCUGGUCCUGGCGCUCCUCCUCGCCAUCGCCGCCGCACAGGGCCCGCCGCUGCUACCCACCAACCCCUCCGACGCGGCCGCCCUGCACGCCGUGUUCCGGCAGUGGCGCCUGGAGGGCGACGCUGCGGCAGAGGACCCGUGCGAGAAGGGCGCCUGGUCCUGGUCGUUCGCGGUAAACGCGUCUGUCGACUGCGACUGCUCCAGCGGCGUCGAGUGCCGCAUCACGCAGCUGAAUGUGACUGGUUACAGGAACAUCACGGAGAUCCCGCCGGCGCUCUUUAAUCUGACGGAGCUUGUCUCUCUGGAUUUGAGUAAUAACAACUUGAGUGGUUCAGUUCCCCGAGAGGUUGGCAAUCUUUCCAAGCUGGAAACAUGGCACUUCAAUAAUAACAAUCUCAGUGGAUAUUUUCCUCAUGAGUCAUCACUUUUAAGGAAUCUCAAGUCCCUGUGGAUGUUUGAUAAUUACAUCGAAGGGCCUAUUCCAGAAUUUAUUCAGAACUUAACCAACCUGACAGACUUGCGAUUAUAUGGGAUGAAACUUCAAGGACCUAUUCCACAAAAUUUCUCCAAAUUGAUCAAUCUAGAAAACCUGAUGCUUGGUGACCUUGAGGGCAACUAUACUUCUUUUGUGUUCGUAGAAAACUGGGCAAACCUUUCAACAUUAUCUCUAAGGAAAUGUGGGCUCACAGGCCAGCUUCUUAGUCCUCCCCGAAACUUGCCCAAGCUGAAAUACCUGGAUUUGACAUCGAACAAUUUAUCAGGCUCAAUAAAACUAUUGCUUCAAUACAAGGACUCAUUAAACUUCAUAUAUGUAGGUAAUAACAGCUUCAGUGAACGUCUGCCUCCUGAAAUUAUUCAACCAUCCGUUCCUUUGGAUGUUUCAUAUAAUCCUUUCAUUAACGGAUCCCUUCGUAGCAUCCCUGCUGGUCAGAAGUGGCCCAUAAAUUAUAUCGGAACUUCAGUUGAUGCAAAUGGAACAAUCAACAGUGGAAGUCUCACAAUCCUCAACUGCCUUCGCAUGCAAGAAUGCAACAGAAACGAUUUAACUAAUCAUGCAACUUCCUUCGCUAUAAACUGUGGUGGCAAGCAAACUAGUUAUUCAGAUCGAAUGCCAACUGUUUUCUCUGAAGACUCCACUGAUCUUGGAGGAGCAGGCUUUCAUGUUAAUACUACCAGUCAUUGGGUAGUUAGUCAUGUGGGUUCUGAUCCAUUUAGCAAAUCCCCUGGCAUUGUACGCGAUAUUCUGGAAACAGACAUGCUAGAGCUCUACAAAACAGCAAGGACAUCAACAGGUGCAUUGAGGUACUAUGUGGUAGGUUUGGCAAACGGGAAAUACACAGUCCAACUCUUCUUCGCAGAGAUAGUCAUAGUUGAUGGACCAGGACGGCGUGUAUUUGACAUUGAUAUUCAGGAUAGGAAUAUCAGGAAGGAUUUUGACAUUGCUAAGGAAGCAGGAGGUUCCAGAAAACCCACUAACAUAACCCAUGAAGUGAUUGUUGACAACUCCAUACUGGUAAUGCAUCUAUAUUGGAGCGGACGAGGCACCUGCUGCAUUCCAUAUGAAGGAGCUUAUGGGCCACUUGUGUCAGCAAUAAAAGUUACCCGUUUCCAAGACCCCAAGAUCAGUCCCCCACAAGUACCACAUUCUGGUUCUUCACGACAGGAUGAAAAGCGAAGAGGAAUUAUUGCAGGCAUUGCAGCUCUUUGUAUAGCUGCUGCAGUAAUAUCUUCAUCCGUGGUUUACCUUUGGUGGAAAUGGGUUUCGCUUGUGAAACGUGCAAUGGCAUGAGGAAUUCAGGAAUUUUGGUGUAUAUAUCUGAUUUUCAUCCUGUUUAUUUUCCAUGCGUCGAGCCUUGUGUAUUUGUGUUGUAUGUGUGCUGAGUUUUGGUUGCGAGCAUAACUAGAAGGAUACAAAUUGUUGUACAGUUCACUUUGUGAUGAAAGCUUAGUCUGUAGUUUUGCUUCACUAUUGUAACCCAGGACAAUGUCUCAUGAAUUUCUACUACUGAUUUACACAAAAUUUAUUUUGAUGUCUGAUCAAAAUCAUUGUUCUUAUUUU